AACUAUAUUAAAUAAAUAAGGGGAGGUAACUGGGGCAUGUACAAGGAAUGCAUUCCUUGUUUCCUCCUCGUUUAGUUCACGGAGAAUUUUUCCCCACUCCUCCCCCAUUCUCCACCUAAUUGGGAAUCUCUGUCCUAUUUUAGAGCGAGAGUUUCAUCGGAAAAAUUGGACAUCUCUAGUCUUAUCAUUUUAAGAUGCCUAAAUAAAGUGACAUAAUUUAGAUGCUCAUCCUAUAUAAAUGUUGAGUCUAUGAUAAAUUGAAUUAAAAAAAUAUAUAUUUGUCUGCUCUUUUUCACUCUUCUUCCUAAAAUCUUUCAAAUUCGAAAAUGGGAGACUCAAUGGUCCAUUUUGGAAUCAUUGGAGCAGCAAAGAUUGCUCAAAAAAUUUCUCGAGCUAUUGCUCUUACUCCCAAUGCCACUCUCUUGGCAGUUGGCAGUCGUUCAAUCGAAAAAGCCUUAAAAUUUGCUUCCAAUAAUGGGUUGAGUUCUGAGGUAAAAAUCUAUGGUUCUUAUGAAGCUGUGCUUGAUGAUCCCGACAUCGACGUCAUCUACAUUCCCCUUCCGACUAGUCUUCACUUGCGUUGGGCUGUGCUCGCUGCCGAAAAGAAAAAGCAUGUACUCCUCGAGAAGCCCGCAGCUCUUAAUGUAGUUGAGUUAGAUAUGAUUCUUGAAGCUUGUAAGGCCAAUGAAGUUCAAUUCAUGGAUGGUACCAUGUGGAUGCACAAUCCUCGUACUGCUAAGAUGAAGGAGUUUCUUUGUGAUGCAAAAAUGUUUGGUCAACUCAAAUCGGUACAUAGUAUUUACACUUUUGGAGUUGAGUCUAACUUCCUAGAGAGUGAUAUUCGCACAAAACCUGACCUUGAUGGAUUUGGUGCUUUGGGUGAUAUUGGAUGGUAUUGUAUUCGUUCGAUCCUUUUUGCUGCUGACUUCAACUUACCAAAAAAAGUGAUUGCCUUUCCGAAUCCUGUUCUGAACGAAUCAGGCGUGAUUUUAUCUUGUGGAUGCUCUCUUUUUUGGGAUGAUGGAAAACUAGCAACUUUCUAUUGCUCCUUCUUAGAAAACAUGACCCAGAAUAUGACUGUUAUAGGAACAAAUGGGACAUUACAUCUAACUGAUUUUGUCAUACCUUAUACAGAGAAAGAGGUAUGUUUCUCCACCAAUUCAAAAUAUGAGUCGACCAGUUCGGAACCUCUACCAAACAAUCACACCAUCCCUACCGAUCUUCCUCAGGAGGUCCAUAUGGUGAUGGAAUUUUCUCGUUUGGUUAAACAAAUCAAAGAAAAUGGCUCCGAACCUGAGGAAAAAUGGCCAGCCAUGAGUCGAAAAACUCAACUGGUGCUCGAUGCAGUGAAGGCAUCGCUCGAUCAAGGAUCCGAAGUUGUUGAAGUAGGGACAGUGUGAUUCUUGUCCGAGUGUGAUCAUAUUUUCCUUUGAUAUAUAUCUUUUGAAAUGGCCUAUAAAUAAUGCUUCUAUCUAUAUAUGUAUGUUAGUCGUUCUCUAGUUUGCAUUAAGGAGUGAAAUAAUAAUGCUUCCUGAAGUUUCAAAUAGUUGUGAAGGAAGCCAUUCCUUGAGAAUAAAUUCAAGAUUAAUUUGUGUUUUCCUUUUUAGAUUUUUAUUAUAAUAUAUUAAUAUUGAAAUUACUAA